AUGAUCGGUGCGCGGAUUCACUUGUUCCUGUUGGGAACUCUGUGCUCGGGGAUACUAGCAGCUCCCCUUGGUAAUCAGUAUGAGGAAACGGAUCCAGAACUGACUGCAGGAUACUUCCAGGGUGAUAUGGAUGUGGACUUUACCCGAAAUGGAAUGCUGACCGAGACUCGUCGCUGGCCAAACGCCACGGUUCCUUACAGGAUCUCCGAGGAGUUCGAUGCUCCUCAAGUGGAGUAUAUUAAGCUUGGCAUGCAGUUCAUCGAGUAUUACUCCUGCAUUCGUUUUGUGCCAGCUGCUCAAGACGAGGAAAACUAUCUCAUUGUGAUUCCCUCCACUUCGGGAUGCAGCUCAAAAGUGGGUUACCAGCCAGGUGAAAGAACAGUCAAACUCAAGCCUGCCGAACUGGACACCGGAUGCUUCAAACUGGGAACCAUUCAGCACGAAUUGCUCCACACUUUGGGUUUUCAUCAUCAGCAAUGCUCCCCAAAUCGCGAUGAGUUCGUAAAGAUUGUGGAAGAGAACAUAUCCGAGGGUCACGAAAAGAACUUUGUGAAGUACGAAGAGGAUGAUGUGGGGGACUUCGAUCAGCCGUAUGACUAUGGAAGCAUUUUGCACUAUAGUUCCUUGGCUUUUUCGAUCAACGGUGAGGCUACAAUUGUGGCUUUGGAUCCAAAGGGACAGGGGUUAAUGGGUCAGCGUUUACAAAUGAGUGAGACCGAUAUCAAUCGACUCAACACCAUGUAUAAGUGCCCACUUCAAUUGUAAGGCUUGCAAACUAACAAUUACAUUUUUUUUAUCAAAUUAAAAUUAAAUAAGAGUUGCCUUACUUUCAAGUGUCGAAAAGUUAUAUUAACAACUUUCUUUGUAUUUUCUCAAAUUAUUAAUAAAUAAAAACGCUUGUAUAUUGGAAC